UGUGUCAGCGCAGGUGUCAACACUGGUCAGCUGGCAGGAGUUUACCAGUGAAUUUCUUGUGUAUUUUGGUAAAUGUAUCAUAGAUCACCUCACUGCCAGAUAAUUGUCACCAUAUCUGUAUAUGGUACAAUCUGUGUAACAAUGUUCGUAUUGUAGGGUUGAUGUAAAGGCGGCAUCUUUACAGCCAUUGACAAGAGUGCCAUGUUCGCUCGUCUUUCAAAUAUGUUUGGUGCAAAUGACGAUGAAGACCAGGGUCAUGGUUCCCCAUCUCGAAAAUCUAGCUCCCGAAAUGGCAGUCAAGGAAGUGGAACACCAGUUCACACCCCAAAUGUUGCUCAGUGUCAGAUUGAUAACUCGGGAAGUGUUCUAGAAAAAAUAGCAGGUCUCUAUGCUGAGCGACUGAUGAGUGAUAUUGUAUUGGUGGUAGGACAGCGUGAGUUCCCGGCCCACCGUCUUAUUCUGUGUGCUUCAUCUGAUGUCUUCCAGGUGAUGCUAAUGAACCCACGAUGGAAUGAAAGUCGAGAGCAGAGAAUUCUCCUCCAAGAAGCCUCAGAAUGUGUCGAGGUUUUUGAGCUUUUUUUAAGAUACCUGUAUACGGGGCGGCUGAAGGUGUCACAUGCUACGGUCCUUCCAAUACUAGCUCUAGCAGACAAAUACAAUGUCAAGGAUCUGAUAGACACAUGUGUCAAAUACAUGAAGCUGCACAUCGUCUCAGCAUCACAACAAAAUUAUCUGAUUGCAUGGCUCCAGUACACACUUACUUGUGGGCAUUCAGAUAUAGCAACAGUGUGCUUGAACCAUCUGAAGUGGAAUCUGGAGCAAGUGGCUGCAAAUGAUGAUUUUGCCUCAUGUGAUUUAGACCUUCUGACCACAGUGUUAGCACAACAUGAUGUAGUUGUUCAUGAUGAAAUGGCACUGUAUAAUAUUGUUGUGUCUUGGUUACAUCGACAAGAGGAGCGCCUUCUUUUGCCGACACCAGUGGCUACUCCAGGAGAACCCCCUCCUACCCUCAUCCCUCAGACCCCUAGUACCAGCUCAGGAGUUUCUCUGCCUCCUAUUUCAAUUACUCCCUCCUGUGGCAAACUUUACCUGCGACGAGAUUCAACCACCAGUUCUUGUGAUCCAGUGGAUCGCAUGGAAUGGCUAACAUAUGAAGUUAUGAAGUUUGUGCGGUUCCCCAUGAUGACCCCUAGACAAUUGGCCGACCUGCUGCUGGUGCCACUGACCAUCAAGUACAAGGAGUUCUUUGUCACUCGCAUGGCUAUUGGAAUGUCAUUUCAUUCAGGUCAAUGGGAGCGUGUCAGAGAAGUAAUGAUGGAUACAGAUCCUUCCAACCGGCUGCUUUUCACUCCAAGGCUUUACACAGCAGAACAGUGGAGUGCUAGUCUUACAGUAGACAACCUCCCAGGUCUGCCAGCAUACCAUACUAGAACCCUUGUUUUCUCAACACCAGCCUCAGCCUCGGAGCUAGAUUGUGAUACCCAGUUAGAAUGGAUUGUAGAACUCUAUCCUAAGGGUGUUUGGUUCAGAAAAUUUUACCUCAUUGUGUGGCAAGGAACUGUGGAGGUCCCUGAAGCAGUCUUAAGAACAGUAAGGCUGGCCGUUACUGCAAAAGAUGUUGAAUAUGCUCGUGUACGCAUAGCGGUUCUUGUAUUCGCUGUGCAAGAAGGCAUAGAGUACAUUGUUAAUGUAGUAUCCACAAAAUAUAUUUUUUCUACAGAGGACAACCUUCUAAAUCUGGAUGAUAUUCUUCCCUUUGACAGCUUGAAUGAUCCUCCAGAAAGGAAGAGGUAUCUUCAAGAGCCUUGUGAUUCUCUCAAGAUACACAUUGUCAUCAGUCCUCUCAGUGACCCUAAGCUUGAUGCUGCAGGAAUCACAUGAUGUGUUGCCAUUCUAUAAUAGGCAUUGUGUAGUUUUAUCUGUUGUGUGACAUCAAGUGUUCUUGCAAUUUUUUGAGUCUCAUUGACAAAUGAAUUACAGUAUUAUUAUUCUCCUGUCUCUCUCAAUUUGAUGUUUAAAUUUUUUCAUGCAUGUUUGUAAAUGAGAAUAUAUUUGCUAGAAGGAACUAUUUCAGACAGUUGUUGUGACCUUGAGCUUGUACUUUGCAUGAAUCUUCAAUAACUAGCAUGGGGGAGAGGGGUUUCUUGUAUUUCUUAUCUGUACCCUCAUCUUGAGUCCCAUCAGAUGAAGAACAAUAGUAAUUACAGGACAAGGCCAAUGUCAUAAUUUGGAUUUAGAUUUAUGACUUCAGAGUAAUAAAUUUUUAUAUGAAAAUACAGUUAUUAUCACUGAAUCUCAGCUGUGUAACUAGCUGGAGCAAGUCUUAAAGUAAGGCAGAAAUGAGGAUCAUCCAUUUUGUUAACCGUGUGGAGGAUUGAAUGAAACCUCAUUAAAAUGGAGUUACUGUGUAUGCAUAACAUUAGCAAACAAAAAAAUACUAGCUACUGUGGAAGAAACAGUAUACCAUAGUACUCACUAUCAAAAUGACAUUUUCAUACUUUAAUCAGAAAAACAUAACUGAGCUUAAUGUUUGACACCAGAUAUUGAAGUUUUCAUUCUGAAGUUAUGACAACACCUAUAUUUUUUAUAUUAAAUAAUACCUGUCCCA